CGCGCCUCCAAGAUGCCCGGGCAGCGGCGGGGCGGCUGCGGCAGCCCGCGGGUACCAGACCACCUUCCCUGGUUUUUGAUGCUGAAUCAGGAUUGUUUUAACUAAAGAUGGAAACACUGGAGUCAGAAUUGACCUGCCCAAUCUGCCUGGAGUUAUUCGAAGACCCUCUCUUGCUGCCCUGUGCCCACAGCCUCUGCUUCAGCUGCGCCCACCGCAUCCUGGUGUCCAGCUGCUCCUCCAGCGAGUCCAUCGAGCCCAUCACCGCCUUCCAGUGCCCCACGUGCCGCUAUGUCAUCUCCCUCAACCAUCGGGGCCUGGAGGGCCUCAAGCGGAAUGUGACCCUGCAGAACAUCAUCGACCGCUUCCAGAAGGCGUCCCUGAGCGGCCCCAACUCCCCCAGCGAGAGCCGCCGCGAGAGGACCUACCGCAACAGCCCGACCAUGUCCGUGGCCGGCGAGAGGAUCGCCUGCCAGUUCUGUGAGCAGGACCCCCCGCGGGACGCCGUGAAGACCUGCAUCACCUGCGAGGUCUCCUACUGCGACCGCUGCCUGCGGGCCACCCACCCCAACAAGAAGCCCUUCACCAGCCACCGCCUGGUGGAGCCGGUGCCCGACGCGCACUUCCGAGGACUCACGUGCUUGGAGCACGAGAACGAGAAGGUGAACAUGUACUGUGUGGCUGACGACCAGCUCAUCUGUGCCUUAUGUAAACUGGUGGGCCGCCACCGGGACCACCAAGUGGCAUCCCUCAGCGACCGCUUUGAGAAGCUGAAGCAAACCCUGGAGACAAAUCUCACCAACCUGGUUAAACGCAACAGUGAACUGGAGAACCAGAUGGCCAAGCUGAUCCAGAUCUGCCAGCAAGUGGAGGUGAACACCGCCAUGCACGAGGCCAAGCUGAUGGAGGAGUGUGAUGAGCUCAUGGAGAUCAUCCGCCAGCGCAAGCAGGUCAUCGCCGUCAAGAUCAAGGAGACCAAGGUGAUGAAGCUGCGGAAGCUGGCCCAGCAGGUCGCUAACUGCCGGCAGUGUCUGGAGCGCUCCACCGUCCUCAUCAACCAGGCAGAGCACAUCCUGAAGGAGAACGACCACGCACGGUUCCUGCAGACGGCCAGGAACGUGGCCGAGAGGGUCGCCAUGGCAACCGCAUCCUCUCAAGUUCUGAUACCAGAUAUCAAUUUUAAUGAUGCCUUUGAAAACUUCGCUUUAGAUUUUUCCAGAGAGAAGAAGCUGCUGGAGGGGCUGGAUUAUCUGACAGCGCCCAACCCGCCGUCGGUGCGCGAGGAGCUCUGCACCGCCUCCCACGACACCAUCACCGUCCACUGGAUCUCGGAGGACGAGUUCAGCGUCAGCUCCUACGAGCUGCAGUACACCAUCUUCACCGGCCAGGCCAACUUCAUCAGUCUGUACAACUCCAUGGACAGCUGGAUGAUCGUCCCCAACAUCAAGCAGAACCACUACACCGUGCACGGGCUGCAGAGCGGCACCCGCUACAUCUUCCUGGUCAAGGCCAUCAACCAGGCGGGCAGCAGGAACAGCGAACCCGCCCGCCUCAAGACAAACAGUCAGCCUUUUAAGCUAGACCCCAAGAUGGCUCACAAGAAGUUGAAGAUCUCCAAUGAUGGGCUGCAGAUGGAGAAGGACGAGAGCUCCUUGAAGAAGAGCCACACACCUGAGAGGUUCAGUGGGACAGGGUGCUACGGCGCGGCAGGCAACGUCUUCAUCGACAGCGGCUGCCACUACUGGGAGGUGGUGGUGGGAUCCUCGACCUGGUACGCCAUCGGCGUGGCUUACAAGUCGGCCCCCAAGAAUGAGUGGAUCGGGAAGAACUCCUCAUCUUGGGUCUUCUCCCGCUGCAACAACAACUUUGUGGUGAGGCACAACAACAAGGAGAUGCUGGUGGAGGUCCACCCCCAGAUGAAGCGCCUCGGCGUCCUCCUGGAUUACGACAACAACGCGCUCUCCUUCUACGACCCGGCCAGCUCCCUCCACCUCCACACCUUCGAAGUCUCCUUCAUCCUACCAGUAUGUCCCACCUUCACCAUCUGGAACAAAUCCUUGAUGAUCCUCUCGGGUCUGCCUGCCCCGGACUUCAUAGAUUACCCAGAGCAGCAGGAGUGUAACUGCAGGCCGCAGGAGUCCCCGUACGUGUCAGGGAUGAAAGCCUGUCACUAGGCUCCCCAGCCCUGCCCGUGCCCCGCCGGUGGGCGCCGGUGGUCGGAGCCAGACGCCGGAAGCUGCCGUGCCAGGGAGCCCGGGACAUUCCAGUGCCCUGGCACCUUCCCACACGCAGCCCGGUGUUGUUUUAAGGGGAAAGAGGAAGAACCUCUGACCGCGGCUGAAAAUAAACUCCCGUUGGCGAGCUCCGCUUGUGUGAGUGCGGCUUGUGCAGCUCCCACCCCCGAGCCGAUCGGCACCUGGAUGGUUUUGUCGUCCCCUGAGGGCUGGAAAGGCUGGGGCAGGUUUUCAGGUGAUCUGAGGCGCUGCUGUGGUUUGGGGGACAUCUUGUGUUUCCCUACAAGGCACAGGUUGGAGCAGGAGGGAUUGGCUUUCUGGAGCCUGCUGGUGGCUUGUCUUGAGAGCCAGGUGGUACCUGAGCUUCACCUUCUGGGGAUGACUUUCCGUUUGGCUGAAGUCUGGUAGCUUCUCUGGUGUGGCAGAGAAUUGCACGGACCCCUCACACUUGGCGAGUGCUGGCAUUGGGUGGGUGGUGGUUACAUGGUGGAUGGUGGUUACACAAUGGAUGGUCUGUGAGAGCGAGGGCGGUGCUGAGGAUGGUCCCACCACCUCUCCCUGAUGCUGCUUCCCAACACUGGAUCUGCCUGGCUGUGCCCGCUACAUGUGGCUGUGCAUAGACCUCCGUGGGUUUCAUGUCUGGUGUCCCUGCAGAAAUAACACACCUCCCUGUGCUUAGCAGAGGAUCAGGUCCUGCCCAAAGAUCUCUGUGCUUUAUGACCCAACAUCUCAAUUUCUUGGCUUGUUCUCCACCUUGGUGUGGGUGUGGAGCCAUCCUGUUUGCUCUGUGUCAAAGGACUGAGUCUGUCCCAGGGGCUCCAGCCCCGGGCUGCUGGGAGCUCUUUAGCUGCCACCAACCACAAGCACCAAGUCCUCUGGCCAAGCUUCAUUGUCACUCUCUGGUCAAAUACACGGCAGGAUGCUGGGAAUGGCGAGGAGGUCAGGCAGCGUGGUGGUUCGUGGUGUUUGAAAAGCCCUGUUUUCUCCUCCGGCUGUGUCGUGGUGGCUCGGUGGCAUUGCAUGGCGACGUCAGGCUGAGGCCUCUGAGCUCUGCCAGCCUUCUCCUUUCGUUUUUUUGGACCCUGCUGAUAGGGAACUACCUCAAAGCCCAGCCUCAGGGGAGGUGGCCAGCUCAGGCACUGGGCUGGUUGAACUCGGUGGGAGCUGCUGGGCCCUGGCCCAAAGUGGGUGCUCCCCACUAGUGACCCAGCCAGGGCACACUGGUCGUGAAGCCUGGUGGUGGCACCUGCCAGCCUGUAGCUUUGUCCAGGGCAGCAUGUGUAGAAAGAGCCCGUUUCUCAGCACAAUGUCCUGCGCUUUAGCUGGGUGACAUUUUUGGUGAGGCUGCAGGAAGGGAGGCUGGUGCCACCUGUGGGGACGGGACCUGCCACCUGCACUGCCACGCCAGCAGCCGCGUCCCUCUGAUCCUGGCCGCUGUCCCCAGGUGCUGGGCAGGGGUGGCAGGACCGCACGUCCCUCCCGAGGGGACAGAGCGGAUCAUUCGCUUCCCCCGCCCCGGCGGCCGGGGGGGGACGUGGCAGGGUCGCGCCUGAUGAAAUUGCACUAACGGCGGUGGGACCCCCUCCCCCGCCGCGUACGUCGGGAGGGCGAAGCGGGAACCCCCGGGGCGCCGCGGGCGGGUCGAGGCUGGGAGCCCUUUCCCCGUCACCCAGAUUUUCCUCUGCUGGCUCUGGGGACGCGAAGCACCCCCCGGUGUCGCUGAGCCCCCCAGCCAGCCGGUCCCCCGGGCUGAACCCGCCUGGUGACUGAUGACGCGGCGGCCCUGGCAGCCAAUCGCGGCCCGCGGGCUCCGCAGCCCUGCGUUAUGAAUGACCGCGUUUCCCACGGCCUUGGGGGGCAGGACACGGGUGGGGGGCCGGGGGGCGGCUGCGGGCUCCUCUGCUCCCGGUGACUCGGCUGUUUGGUCUUGGGAUGUGGUGAAUUCCCAGUUACUGCCCGACUCCUCUGUAACAUCCUUGUCCGGGCUCUGCUCUUGGGGGGCUGUUCUUCCUGCUACGGUUUUUCCCUUUUAUGUUGGAUUUGUUGGUUUGGGUUGGUUUGGGGGGUUUCUUUUCGGUUUUUUUUGCAACUUCUUUGUUAAUGU